UUUAUCGCGUAUUUUGAUUUUGCAUGAGAGGUUGAUUUUGUUUUUCGUUUGCCGCGCUCAGUCUCAGUGGCUCUGUGUUGCGGCGCACGAUAUGUCCUUUCCGUGGAGUAUUUUGUGUACGUUUGAGUUCCUUCGUGAACUUUUCAGCGACGGCCGUGCCUAACGCCUAACCACAACAACUGUCCAACAGGCUGAGCUCGCAGGUCAUCUUCCCAAGAAGCCAAAAAGGGUGUGCAGCACAUGCACAACCGCCUAGGUAUUUUUGAAAAAAAGGUCGCCACACAAUGGAAGCAUUGCCGGACAACCUAAGAUUCAUCGAAAUUCUAAACGGCAAGGAUGUUGUGGUUGAGACAGAAAAUGAUCUUUCGCUGUUUGAUACCGCGUUCCCGUUCGGAAUUCCACCAGUCGUACCAGAUGUCAAAACGGAGCUCGAGAACAUUAUCGACGAUAUCUCCGAAAACUUGCCCCUUCACAGCCUGCAGAAUACGCAACAGAUCUUCACAGCUCCUCCUAAAGUGUCAAGUUUAUAUUCGUACGACAUGUCGCCUUGCCCAUCGGAGUUGAGAAUAGUCAGAGAUCUGGCGACUGGGACCCUGGAGGGAUACUACGAGGUGUUUCACGAAAUUAAAAAAGGAAAUGAAGAUGUAGCCGUGGAUUUUGAAAAAAACUUUGAAACAAUACCGCCUGGCUUCGAAGAAGGCAUGACGUUUUCAAACCUUGCACCGGAGGCGCUCGGUGAUGGUGAAAACUCUGUUCGCCACGUGCUUGCUUUGACUGAACUUGUGGCUGCUAGUGCAGACUUAUCUGAGGCCGGGGAAGUUCCGAGGCGAAAAGAGGCCAAGGCUGUCUCGAGUGAGGUCGUGGAUGAUGUCGACCUCAUGAAGCAGUUGCCAUCGGAACCAGUGACUGCUGUGCUCAACAUCAGCAUGAUACCGACGGAGACGCAGAAAAGUUUAGAAUGGGCUGAGGUUGUCGACGUUCGUAGCCCCAUGACAGACUUUCACGAACGCAUUCCUGACAUGGCAUUCACCUGGCCGUUUGAACUUGACACAUUUCAAAAGCAAGCCAUACUUCACCUGGAGAAACGGGACUCUGUCUUUGUCGCAGCUCACACAUCUGCUGGCAAAACUGUGGUGGCUGAGUAUGCCAUUGCACUUUCCCGGCAACACAUGACAAAGACCAUCUACACGUCUCCAAUCAAGGCACUCUCUAAUGAGAAAUACCGUGACUUCAAGGACACUUUCGAAGACAUCGGAAUCAUUACGGGUGACGUUCAGAUCAACAAGGAGGCUUCGUGUCUCAUUAUGACAACUGAGAUUUUGAGGUCGAUGCUUUACAACAAGUCGAGCGUUGUGAACGACCUGGAAUGGGUGAUCUUCGACGAGUGCCACUACAUCAACGAUCCUGAGAGAGGUGUUGUAUGGGAAGAAGUUCUAAUCAUGCUUCCAAAGCACGUGGGGCUUGUACUCCUGAGUGCGACCGUCCCAAAUGCAAUGGAUCUUGCCAACUGGAUUGGAAGGAUCAAACAACGCAAGCUCUAUGUAAUUUGUACCACCAAACGACCUGUGCCUCUGGAGCAUCAUUUAUACUUCAACCAAGAGACUUUCAUGAUCCUCGACCCAAACAGUAAUUUUAUCACCUCUAGUUACAUGAAAGCCUCGGAGCGACGAAGGCAAACAUCCAAAGGAGGAAGGUUCCAGGAUGAAAAGAACCUCUACGUCGGACUAAUCCAGCACCUGAAAAAAAUGGACCGCCUGCCCGUCAUUUGUUUCACGCUGUCUCGGAAGCGAUGCGACGAGAACGCCGCGAUGCUUCGCUCCCAGGACCUCACCACCGCCGAAGAAAAAUCCGAAAUCCACCGGUUCUUGCACCACUGCGUCUCUCGCCUCAGCAAGUCGGACCAGAAGCUCCCGCAGAUCCGGACCAUGCGUCUCCUCCUGGAAUGCGGCUUCGGAGUCCACCACAGUGGUGUGCUUCCCAUCAUGAAGGAAGCCGUCGAAAUGCUGUUUCAACGUGGGCUGGUCCGAGUUCUGUUCGCUACCGAGACGUUCGCGAUGGGGGUCAAUGUUCCGGCACGAACCGUCGUGUUCGACAGCAUCCGCAAGCACGACGGUAUAACGAUGAGGGACCUACUUCCCGCGGAGUACAUUCAGAUGGCCGGACGAGCCGGCCGACGCGGGAAGGACAAGACGGGGAACGUGUUGAUAAUCUGCAAGGGAGACGUGCCAGAGUCGUCGCAGCUGGCAACAAUGAUGCUGGGGCGUCCGACAGAGCUGCAGUCCAAGUUCCGGGUGACGUAUUCGAUGAUUUUGAACCUGAAGGCGGAGGCGCAGAGGAGGGUGGAAGACAUGAUGAAGGACUCGUUCCGCGAGAACACUCAGCAGAGUCAGAGCGACACAUUGGAAGAGAAAAGAAAGGAUUUGGCCGAAGAGUUGCAGGGACUGACGAGGACGGGGUGCAGCGCGUGUACAGACCUGCCGUUGGACUUGUUGGCGGAGCACAAGGCAACGAGGUCGUCAGUGUGGGAACGCCUUCUGGUGUCUCCACAGGCGAAUAAAGUUCUCUCCCCCGGUAGACUGGUGGUGGUCUGCCCAGAGAGUCAAGGAAACAGGAAUAUCCUCGGAGCCGUGUCAUCUGUGUCCCCUAGGGAAAAGAAAUUGUCUCUGUUGGUGCUCGUUCCCUCUCAGAGCAGCGCCAGUCGAGAGCCUCUGCCAUGGCCACUAAACAAGCGUCUGGUUCUCCCCGAAGGAGCCAUUGCUGUACAGGCGCUCACCGUGUCGUUCGCGGAGGUGUUGUGCGUGUCGUCUCUCGUACAGAAGUUCGAUGCCAGGAAAGUGAUGCAACCACAGGGGAAAAACAUAUUGGGCCAAGAACUCCUGGAAGUGGCAGAAGCCCACACGAAGGGGAUUCCGUCGAUCAACAUCAUCAAGGACCUCCGAGUGUCGGACAUUGAUUCCGUGGCGCUCGUUCAUCGCUUCUUGGGCUUGGAAGAGAAGAUAUUUGCAGCGCCCUGUUUGUCGUGUCCACUUUUUGAGGAACAUUAUGUACAGGAGCUGCACCACAAAGCAGUGACACAGGAGCUCUUGCGCAUCGAGCACUUACUGUCUGAGGCAAGUUUGGCAUCAAUGCCAGACUACAAGCGACACGUGGAAGCUCUGGAACGGCUAGGCUACGUGGAACCAAGUGGCCCACUGACCCUGAAAGGUCGCGUUGCUCGUGCAAUGAGCAACAAUGCCAUCAUGCUCACGGAACUCCUCGUGGAAGACUGUCUAGUCAACCUGGGCGCUGCCGACAUUGCAGCACUCUUCUCCUGCUUUGUGUUUCAGCAACGGACGGACGAAUUACCCAUGAUACCAAAGUCCAUGGUCAAUGCUGUGGAGCUGUUCAAAUCUGUUGCCAAGAGGAUAGGACAAGCUCAGCGUGACUCCGGAUUUGAAGAGCCACCAGAGCAAUUUGUGGAGCAGUUCAGCUUUGGAAUGUGUAAUGUUGUUUAUCAUUGGGCCAAAGGAAUGCACUUUGCCCACAUCAUGGAGCUGACCGACAUUCAAGAAGGGAUCAUCGUGCGCUGCAUCCAGCGACUGGAUGAAGUGCUGAAGGAUGUGCGCACUGCCGCCGGAAUAAUUGGAAAUCCUGAACUGCGCAGCAAGAUGGAGGAAUCGUCGCGGCUGAUCCGCAAGGAUAUUGUCUUUGCCGCGAGCCUCUACCUUCAGUGACGGGAUGGAGGAGUACUGUACGCAAGCUAUACAGCCAUAUAUUUUUACAUUAGUACAUAUAUUUGUACAUAUCUCUGUUUAUACGUGCGGAGCAAGUACAAAAAGAAAUACAAUUCUAUGCGUCCUUUUCA